AUGGGUUCCUCUAAACCCACUUCUAGUGAGCAAAAGAAAAAGACAAAAUCCUCCUCGAAAUCCUCUUCGAAAGCUACAACUAAAACUCCAGUCGCUAAAACACCGUCAAAUUUCAAGAGCUCCGAAUUCGUUGGAGAGAGCGACAAUGAAAAUGACGAGCCAACGGGAACCAAUUCGAGCUCCGAUAGCGAUAAUGAAUCUAUGCUAUCGAAUCCCGCUGUGAAAUCUACAUCUAAACCUAACUCUAAGCCUAAGGGCAAAGCCGCAGAAAGUAGUGACAGUUCCGAGGCUGUUAGCGACGCAGAAAGUGAAAGUGGAAGUGAGAGUGAUGACGAGGAAGAGGAAGAGGAGGAAGAAAACGAAACGAAUGUGAAUGGAAACAAAUCUGUUGUACCGCCGUCCAAGAAAGAUGCCAAAACCGUAUCGAUGAAAGUUGCGCCUUUCAAGGCUCCUCUCGGAUUUGAAAAGAAUUCUUCGAAAAACUCGAGCAAGGCAUCACAACUAUUCAACAAUUCUAAUUUGGAGGGCAAAGAGAUAUGGUACAUCACAGCACCUGCAUCGGUGCCUAUUGCUUCUGUGAAGGAGAUGUCACUACUAGAUGCAAAACUGGGCAAGGCAGUGUUUUCACAGGACGGCAAUGAUUAUGGUUUCGUUCUCGAUCCGCUUGAGGACAAAACAUAUACAAAAAUGUUGUUGCCCAGCAGCUCCAAAGAUGGUUAUUCUAUUGAGAAAAAGCCCGUGGAUCAGAUAUAUCACAUGCAACAAGUCGUCAAUCUUUCCCAACAGAACGACCAGGCUACAGUGCCCGCAAAGAGGCCUGUCCGCCAACAGCCUAAAGGUCUCAAGGCGCGAUUCCAACCAGUUGGAUUUGCAAGCGCACCUGGUAUCAUUGGUUCCGAUGAUGAAAGUGAUUCAGAAGAAGUUGGACGCCCUCCUAAGUUCCAGAAAAUCGUUAUGUCGGAAGACGAAGCAUCAGACGUAGAGAUGGAAGAUGCACCACCAGCCUCGACACCUGCUAACAAAUCCAAGUCUGGUACAACGAAAAAAUCCCGAAAAGAGUCUGAAGAAGAUGCGGAUAAAUCAUCGAAAAAGAAGCACAAGGAUGCCGGGGAUAAGAAGAAAAAACACAAGAGUUCGUCUACUCCUACCUCGUCCGAAAUACAGGAACUGAGAAUUUUGAACGAACAGACAGCAAUUGAGCUCGUGAAUCGAUCCAUCCCACUACGAUUACAAGCCAGAUCACUUUCUGAUUUGGAUCCCGAAAUAACAACUAAUACUAGAGCUUCACAAGCUUCCAUACUUCCAGCAAGUAAGGCACUAAAACCAUCCUCUAAUUCAGAUACGACUAUCUCACAAUCCCACCCGACGACAUCCACUGUGACUACGAAAAUCUCAUCCUUGAAUUCCGGGAGUACAAAAAAGAAAGCUACAGGAGCCGUCAGCACUGAGGGUCCAGGUGCGGCAACCACCAAGGACGAAGCGAGACGGGAGAAAAAGGCGCAAAAGGAGGCGAAGAAGAGACGGUUAGAGUCUCGGACCGAUAAUUUCUGA